AGAGUGGUUAAAUGUGAUAAAUUUGAAACUGAGUUCAGAUGGACGGAUGAUUAAUUAAUUGGAAGCAUGAGAAAAGAAAAUCAGAGAGAGAGAGAAGAGCGAUAGGCAACGUACAUAAUAUAGCCAGCUAACGUUUGGUCUCCGGCGCCCUUACGUUUCCCGCCACUAAUUGCUCUGCUCAAACAAACACCAAAUAUAUAUCCUGCAUUGUCGCGUGGCUGGCCCUCUUUGGAGGAAGCUUUCUUCCUGUUAAUGGCGAUUUUGAUUACAAAGACGCGCUCACCAAGUCCCUCAUUUUUCUUGAGGCGCAGAGAUCCGGGAAGCUCCCUCCCAACCACCAGCCUGCUUGGAGAGGCGACUCUGCUCUCAACGACGGCAAGCUUGCCAAUGUGGAUCUCGUCGGAGGAUACUACGACGCCGGAGACAACGUCAAGUACGGGUUUCCGAUGGCGUUCACCGUCACGACCCUGUCCUGGGCUGCUGAUUUCUAUGAAUCAGAGCUCAAAGCAACCGGGGAGUAUGAAAAUGUUCAGGCCGCCAUCCGCUGGGGCACCGAUUAUUUUCUUAAAGCCAGUUCGAAGCGCAACCGGCUCUUCGUCGAGGUAGGGAAUCCGGCGCAAGAUCACGAGUGUUGGAUGAGCCCCGAGCACAUGCAAACGCCGAGAACGGUGCUGCAAAUUGACGAGAACACGCCGGGAACGGAGAUCGCCGCCGAAACUACUGCGGCGUUGGCCGCUUCUUCCAUCGUCUUUCGCAAAACCGAUCGCGACUAUUCUCGACAGCUCCUCAACAAAGCCAAAUCACUUUUCGAGUUUGCCAAAGCGCAUAAAGGAACUUACGAUGGAGAAUGCCCCUUCUACUGUUCUUUCUCUGGCUAUCAGGACGAGCUAUUGUGGGCGGCAACAUGGCUAUACUUCGCCUCCAGGAAGCCCGUAUAUUUAGAGUACAUAGAGGAGGAGUCAAUCAGUGCACAGGUAUCCGAGUUUAGCUGGGACCUCAAAUAUGCUGGAGCCCAAGUUCUCCUUUCCAAAUUGUAUUUGGAAGGGCACAAGAGUUUAAGUAGCUUCAAGCAGCAAGCUGACGGUUUCAUUUGUUCAGUGCUCCCUGAUAGUCCCUACCACCAGGUUUACAUCUCUCCAGGCGGUUUGGUUCACCUAAGAGACGGAGCCAAUUCCCAAUAUGUGACAGGCACAGCUUUGCUUUUUAGUGUGUAUGGUGAUCUCUUGGCCAAACACAACCAAAAGGUCACCUGUGGGAACAAACAGUUCAGCUCAGCCCACCUCAUAGAUUUCGGCAAGAAACAGAUGGAUUAUCUACUAGGGAAAAACCCUAGGGGAAGAUCAUACAUGGUUGGCUUUGGGAAGAACCCACCAACACAACCACACCACAGAGGAUCUUCUGUUCCCAAUCAUAUGGCGAGCCAGCAGAAUGUGAACUGCCCAAUGAGUUUCGUUUACUGGUACAACAAAGAUGUUCCAAACGCCAAUGAGCUGACAGGCGCCAUUGUCGGGGGUCCGGACCGAUACGACAACUUUGAAGACCUGCGCUGGAAGUCAGCCAUGACAGAGCCAACAACCUACACCAAUUCUUUGGCAGUGGGUGUGCUUGCAAGGCUUGCUGCCCACAAGCACUGAGCUCAUGCUAGCCCUGCCCCAUCUUUGUCAAACGUGUUGAUAUAGGGUUAUUCUUUUCAUCUGUUUUAUGUAUAUAUAAUAGAAGGAAGAAUUGAAGUUGCUGCAUGAAGGUAGAGAAGCCUAGAUCUGCCUUCCUUUCUCAUGCAGUUCCCACUACUCGAGCCAUUAAUUAAUGGAUAUUUAAGAUCACUCAGAUUGCUUUUAGUUGACAGGGAAGACUGUUCCAAGUGUAACAAGUUGAUUUAUGAUCAAUGCUCGUAUCUCUUGAGAUGAUUGUGAAGUGAUAUGUUCUUGUAGGAAUUAAUAGCAAUAACGUUAACGAUGAGCAGAGAAGUAGAGACAUUAUGAAUGCAAU